AUGCUCAGCGCCGGUCCUACGCGGCUCUAUUCAUCUUCAUCAUUUGGUCAAUUGGCGUCGGACACUAACAAGCAUGCUAGUACGAGUGAGAGCAAGUCUAAAUAUGAUGAUGCUUCACGCGCUGAGCUGUGGAAUCAAAUGCUGAAUACCAUUAUUGUUGAGCCGCGCGAAAAUCCUACGGAUGGAACAUCAUCUUCCUACUUACCCAAGUCUAUUUUAUCGCAUUCCCGAAUGCCAUCUGGUGCGCCGAGGCGCGAUGAUUCAUCGAAUGUAUCGAGUAUGGUGGAGCAACUCGAUGCAGAGUUCCGUGACAGACCAACAUUCGGUUUGCCAAAACCCUGCACACCAACGACCGGUCGUUCGUUGUCUAUGACCAGCACAUACAACAAUACGUCUGCAACUUUGUAUCGACAGCUCUCACAAAUUUUGAACCGGAAUAAUGUGCGUCGAGAGCUUCGGCUGAAUGAGCGCUAUGAAAAGCCCAAUCAGAUGCGGCGCCGCAAGCGCUCUGAGCGACAUCGCCGACGUUUUGCUGAUAUGGUCCGCAAAAAAGUGCAGCUGAUUAUGAUGCUGAAAGCACGUAGCGCAUAA